ACCAGAAGAGCCACAUACAUGUACACACUCAGGCCUGAACUCUAAGAAAACACAUCAUGAUUUUUUGGGUGAUUGCCAGUCUGCUGCUGGAGGUUGUUGCAGCUGCCGGUGUAGCCCUGGACCCAUGCUCUGCCUACAUCAGCCUGAAUGAACCCUGGAGAAACACAGACUACCACGUCAACCAGUCAUCUGGUGUCCCCCUGUGCGACAGCCACAUGUCUGGAGAAUGGUACCGCUUCACUGGCAUGGCCGGGGAUGCCAUGCCCACUUUCUGCAUCUCUGAGAAUCACUGUGGCACCCAUGCUCCCAUCUGGCUCAACGGCAGCCACCCUCAACCCCACGAAGGCAUCAUCACCCUGCCCGUGUGUGCCAGCUUCAGUGACAACUGCUGCCAGUGGAAUAGCACUGUAGACGUGAAGGCCUGUACUGGAGGAUACUUUGUCUAUCGCCUGCCCAGACCCUCAGUCUGCUUCCAUGUUUACUGUGGCCAUUUCUAUGAUAUCUGUGAUGAGGUGGACUGUCUAGGUCCCAGAUGUCCCGAGUCUGACUGUCGCUGUGCACCUGGAACUGUCCUGGGACCAGACAGACAAACAUGCCUGGAUGUGAAUGAAUGUGAGAAGGGCAACGGUGGCUGUGCAGAGGUGUGUGUGAAUACCAAAGGCUCCAGACGCUGUGAGUGUGGGCCAGGCCGUGUGCUGGACAAGGAUGGACGCAACUGCAGAGAGAUAGCAGGCUGUCAUGUUAACAAUGGAGGCUGCAGCCAUGGCUGUUCCUCACUGCUGGACUCCUAUCAGUGCCACUGUCCCAGAGGGCUGGAGCUGGGAGAGGACAAACGCACAUGUCAGGUGCCAGUCCAGUGUGAUUCCAGCUCUAUUGUUGUGUCAGUUCCUAAGGACCUUGUUGGAGGACUGGAGCUCUCCCUGUCCAACUCGUCUUGUCGAGGUGUCUCAAAUGGCACACACAUCAACCUCCACUUCAGCCUCAAGACCUGCGGCACAGUGGUGGAGGUGACAGAGGACAAGAUUGUUGGGACCAACCUGGUGACAGGCCUCCCUAGGAGCAGCCCGGGCAGCAGCAAGGACGUGAUAGUCCGCACCAGCAAGUUAGUGCUCCCAGUCACCUGUGAGUUCCCCAGGGAGUAUCAAGUGUCAGACGGAUACCAGGCGAGUCAGCGCAGCUCAGCCCUCGAGCUGGCAGGCCACAGCGAGGGAGUCUUCCCUUUCUAUCUGGAGCUCUUCAAGAGCGCAGAGUUCUCUGAGCCCUACCGCACCCCACCCCAGCUCCGCCUGCAUGACUCCCUCUUCUUCGGGGUGGAGCCAAAAGAGAGAGUGGAGGGCCUUUCUUCAAUGGUGGAGAGCUGCUUCGCCACACCAGGGCCCAAAGCUGACCAGGCCCUUAAGUAUUACCUCAUCAAAGACGGGUGUAUCUCAGAUGAAACAGUGACACAGUACUCAUCAAAGGACCAGCUCUCCAAGCACUACCAGGUCCCCGUCUUCAAGUUCGUUGGCAAGGACAACAGACAAGUGUUCCUCCACUGCCAGGUGUUGGUAUGCGGCACAGGAGACUCCCACUGCGCUCAGCAUUGUCAAGGACGCGUCCGCAGAGAGGUUCGGACCAGUGAACCUCAGGUGCAGCACACACUGAGUGGAGGCCCCAUCUACAUCCUGCCUGAGCUGUGAUGCUAACAUAAAGCCAUCAUUUCAUACACCAUGAGAGCAUGACU